AUGUUCGCCGAGCCUGCCUCGCAGCAGGCGCAUCACAUGAAAGACUGGCAUACCAGCUGGCGCCCCACCGAAGUUUCUGCUUCCCACGUGGUGCUCAUGCGGCCCACUGGUGUUGCAGCGCACCUCACGGAGGAUAAGGUCCACGAGGAUUGCGCCCUUGUAUUCUCUAUAGCAGGCUGUCUUCCCGUGGUGUGCACAGUAAUUAGAUUCGUGUCGGGACAGGUCUUGCCGCACAUCGAAUCGGAAGGUCGGCUUGAGCAUCAUAGCACGGAGUUCUCCGCGCGUAUUUCUUGGGUCGGCGCGCGGACCUCCAGAUUUUUGCGGCUGGGCCAUGUUCUGGUGACCUCGUGCUGA